GAGCUCUGAUCCAAGUUUAUGAUUUGAUUAUAUCUUUUGGUGGGGUUUGAAAAAUUAUGGAAAUAUAAAAAAAAAAUAGAAACGUGAAGCAAAAGGAGAUGAGUGGUUAAUAAAGAAUUGAAGAAUGCUCUCUCUCUCACACACACUUUCGUCAGCGUCUUCCUUUUACUAUAGAUAGCAAACUAAACCAAAACCGUUCUUUCUUUUCCAUUUUUUCCGUCUGGGUUUCAGUUUCUUUUACUCUCUCUCUCUCUCUCCUCUUCUGGUUGGUUCUGGGAGAAAAAAAAAGAACUUGGUUGAACAAGAUGAUUCGUAAUGGAAUCUAUGUUGAUGUUUCUUGCUGACAACAACAGCAGAUUUUGUUUUGUUUUGCUUCAAAGCAUAGAAGCUGCAUUUUUCUUCGUUUUAUCAAAAAAAAUGUCGAAUCUUUCAGCACGAACAGGAAGAGACCGUCAACGUUAUGACAACAACUUCCGUCUCGUUUCUGGGUGCAUUCCGUAUAGGGUGGUGAAAGAUGAAGAGGAGUCGGAUGUUGUUGACCUUGAAAACAAGCUUCAAGUGCUUAUGGUUUCAUCUCCUAACCGACACGAUCUUGUCUUCCCAAAGGGAGGAUGGGAAGAUGAUGAAACUGUUCUUGAAGCUGCUUCUCGUGAAGCUAUGGAAGAAGCAGGAGUUAAAGGAAUACUAAGAGAAGAUCCAUUAGGAGUUUGGGAAUUUAGAAGCAAGAGUAGUUGUGAAGAAGCUGAAUGUUGUGGUGGAUGCAAAGGUUAUAUGUUUGCGUUAGAGGUGAAGGAAGAACUUACGGCAUGGCCAGAGCAAGAAAACCGCCAGAGGAGAUGGCUGAAUGUUAAAGAAGCAUUGGAACUGUGUCGGUAUGAGUGGAUGCAGAGUGCUCUUGAAGAGUUUUUAAGAGUAAUGACAGAAGAUGAUGGAAGGGCAAAAGAAGAAGAAGAGACUCUUUCCCCUUCCACCAUUUCAAAUCCUGGAGAACGUCAAUUAGAUUCUCGCUACUGCUUUGUUGUUAACUAGUUUUAGCUUUUGCAGUGAGGUUAAUUCCUUCUUUAAAUUGUCUACUCUUGUGAGAGCUGCACAAUCGCAGUUUGAUGCUAAUCAUUCGUCUAGGUAAAAGACAAGUAAAUGUAAAAUAUAGAAUGGUUUGUUUCUCUGAAAUCUUUUCUUUACCAAUCAUCAAUCAUAACUCAAAAGAAAUAGCCAGUUGAGAGUAUACAAAAUACAAGAUUACAAGAGUAAUAAUCAAGACAUCACUUAAAACUCUACGGUUGCAAUAUCCAGGAUGAUGUUAUAGAAGCAUCAAGCAUCCCUACAAAGCUUCAGCU